GAAGAAGAAAUGGGAGUGAGGAGUUUUGUAUGUGUUCUGUUUACCUUUCACGCGAUUCUCUCCGACACCUCUAUUGUUGUAGCGGAAGCGUGCCGUACCGCGACUUAUACGCUCGAGGCCACCGUCGAAGGAACCUCAGCAUAGCCUAGCCAUAUCUUCACAUACACACAUGAACGGUGGCGCACGUUUAUUAGUAUUAUCGUCUGCUCCUCGCUGAUCCGUUUGUGCCGGCAACGGCACGCAUACCAAUUUAGUGUGUGUGUGUGUGUGUGUUUGUGUUUUCUUCUCUUCUUCUUACAGACUAAGCGAACUCGCCGUGCGAAGCGAUGAGCCUACCACGCGCCAAGAGCGCAAUGCUCAUGACGAAGGGCAUCAUGGACGUUCGAAGCGACCCACCCCGGCUCAUCUGCACCAUUCUCAAGUAUCAGCAUCCCGGUACCAAAAAGGAGGUCACGCUCUACCCGGUGCCGAACAUCGCCGCCCCAUCCUACUUCCAGCGCGUGCUCAACGGCGAGGCGCUGCAGAAGGACUUUGACAAAGUUCUCUGCGAGGACGGCCGGCUGCCGUUCCAGGCGGGGACCGUGAAGGCGGCCCGCCAGCGCUGGAUACAGCUCGUUUUCCCCUUCUUUAGCGUCCGCCCGGUGGUGGAAGAUGGCGAGAAGUUUGACGGCAUCGUCAGCCGCGAUGCCGUGGAGUCGCGCAUGGCGUAUCAGAUGGUGCUGGACGGUUACGACCCGCCGGUGGACCCGCGAGCGCGGCGGGCGGUGGAGCGGAUUGACUCGUACCCCGACAACACGCGGGUGGUGGUACCAUGGGGUGUUUAUCACAUGCCGUACUUCCGCUAUCGCCUGGAGAAGGAGGGGUACGCGCCGCUGCCGUCGGAGGAGGUGGUGGUGUUCGGCUUUCAGCAGAUGCUGAGCAUGCUGCUGGUGACGUCUGCUGCGGCGUUCGUUCUCGCUGUACUUCUUUUUAGCAUCUUCUUCUGGUAG